UCCUCCUCACUGCCUGCAGUAAAACUGUAAAUGUCACUAUCAGCAUCGUCGCUCUGCCCUCCAGUGCUGGACUUAUUCCCCACAUGCUGAGUAGCAGCGUGUCAGAGCCUGCACAGAUUUUUAAUGCCUCUUUAGGCUACACGGCGUAGGUUCUCUCUGUGCGGUGUUUUUAAACGCAGUCUGCGGCCAUGGAGUGUCGUGUGUUGUCCAUUCAGAGUCAUGUUGUCAGGGGGUACGUUGGAAACAAGUCGGCAACAUUCCCGCUGCAGGUGCUGGGCUUUGAAGUGGACUCCAUCAACUCUGUGCAGUUCUCCAAUCACACAGGCUAUGCCCACUGGAAAGGACAAGUCCUGACAGCAGAGGAGCUGAAUGUGCUGUAUGAAGGUAUCAAGCUCAAUAAGGUGACCCGCUAUGACUACAUCCUCACAGGGUACAGCAGGGACACAUCUUUCCUAGAGAUGGUGGUUGAUAUUAUUCAGGAGCUGAAGACGGUCAACCCCAGCUUGGUGUAUGUUUGUGAUCCUGUCAUGGGAGACCAUGGUGCUAUGUAUGUUCCAGAGAACCUGCUGCCUGUCUACAAGGACAAAGUAGUGCCUUUGGCCGACAUCCUCACGCCUAACCAAUUUGAAGCAGAGCUGUUAACUGGAAGGAAAAUAAACACAGAGGAAGAUGCUAUUGAGGUGAUGGACUUGCUUCAUAAAAUGGGUCCAGAGACUGUGGUCCUCACUAGUACAGACCUACCUUCCAAACAUGGGGACCAGUUCCUGGUGGCUCUUGGGAGUCAAAAAACAAAAAAACCAGAUGGGACCAACACCAAUCAGAAAAUCUGCAUGGACAUCCCCAAAGUCGAUGCUAUAUUUGUGGGAACAGGAGACCUUUUUGCUGCUAUGUUGCUAGCCUGGACUCACCAUCACCCCGAGGACCUGAAGACUGCCUGUGAAAAGACUGUCUCAGUCAUGCACCAUGUCAUUAGGAGGACCAUUACUUAUGCCAACGAGGUGGCUGGCCCUGGGAAUAGGCCCAGUCCUGCACAACUGGAGCUGAGGAUGGUUCAGAGCAAAGCCGACAUUGAGAAUCCUGCCAUCGUAGUGCAGGCGAAGGUUUUACAGAAGUCUUCAUAAUGAAGACAGUAACAUUUCUGUGAACAUUCAUGUUGUGCUGGUACGAAUCUGCUUCACAUCUGGGCAGUCUGCCAGACACAUGUAGGAUUUUCACAUCAAAGACUGUCACGUGUCUCUGCCUUACAGAAUCUUUGAAGGAGUACAACUGUGUUUUUCAGAAGCGGUCAGCAGGAUUUGUUGUGUGUAUGUUCUGCUCACAAACACACUGGUAUCACUGCCAUAUGUGUCUGUUUUAUGGCCUGUGUAGACAUCCUCUGCCCUUGAUUCAAAAUAAAAAAGGACAUCAGCCAACUAUGUUUAGGUUUAAGAUAGUGUAAAUGUACUUGAAUCCUCCUUGACAUAGUAAAAAUAAGUUCUCGCUGUAAAACAAUUCAUUCCAGUUAGGAUGAAUAGGAAACCAGUAAUGUAUGCAUGAACAUGCCUCCACUUGUUUUGACUACAGUACGUCAGGACUCGUCGCACCUCAAGUGUGAUACUCACAAGGCAUUAUAAGCACAUCAGCUUACUGUCUGUAAUAAAAUGACAACACUGGCUUAGGCCAGAACAGGUCAUAUUUUUCUGAAAUGAAAGCAUGCAGUGUGCUUGAAAUGCAUUUGGGUGUUUUAUCACUUCAAGUGUUACCAUCUUACACAUUCACACUGGAUGCAUUGUAAGCGCUGAGAUGUUUAUUGUAACUCCCACAAAAUGUCAAAUGUCUUAUGCAAUCAAUAUGUAGUCUAGUUUCAUUGUUCCAAAUUAUUUCACUUUGUUUUAUUUUUGACAAAAACUAAUGAUAAUCAUGAUAAUAGCUGAUGUCAAAAAUUGUUUUAAUCAAUUUUCUGAAAAGGUUUUUCACCUCGUUUUUAAUUAUGCGAUGCUUUCUUGAGCUAGCAAGUCUGUAACAUGUUAGAUCCAUGUCUUAACAUCUCAAAUUGAGGUAUUUGCACAGAUAAUCUUUAAUAUAUUUACUAAUGGUCAUUGUUUUUAGUCUAGACUGUUGUCAUAUCUCAAGAAAAGAGUCCAGAAACCACGCUGUAUAAUAGCCUUAACGGGGUUAGGGAGGCUAGAAGCAUUGAUUGUGAAUGUUUUUGUGUGCUAAUAACUGAUCCUCACACAUAAUGUUAGAACGUUAAGUGCCAAACCUUGAGCCACUGCUCUGAUACAGAGCAGUAUAAGAACAGAAAUAAUAAAUUAUUAAUCUUUUAUUCAAA